AUAUUUAAAUUAAAUUAGAUAAAAAAGAUAUUCAAUAUUUUUUCACUUUUUAUUUGAAAGAUAUUUUUAAUUAUUGUUGCGCUUGCGCAAAUAUGGUAAUUGAAGUGAAUAUAUCAAGAUCUUAAGACUUAUUUAGGAAUCUGUAGGUUUUAAAGUAUGUGGAAAUGGAAAAACAGUUUUAUACCUGUUUUCAUAUUACUGGGUCUUGGGUUUCUUGGAGAUUGUACAUCAAACCAGGAUAGAGUAACGAAAAGAUUUACACAAACAAAAAAUGGAAAACAUAUUGAAUUAUCCAUCGAUAAUGUUCUGCUUGCAUUGGAAAAAUCUGAUUCAUUUUUCGCAAGAAAUAAGGAGUCCGCUACAGUGGAUCUUGCAUUUGGAAUGCAGAUGAUGAAUGGGGAGCUUGUAAGACUUCUGCAACUAAUUAACAAUGGUUUGAAUUAUGAGUUUGGUAAAAACAAAACGCUUCUCAUUCGAAUAAAGAACCUACAGCAUUCAGUCAACACCCAUGUCCAAGAAUCACUUAAACACAUUAAAGUAUUAAAUGAACGGUAUUAUAAAAAUUUUGAACCUGUUAUCCUUGAACCAUGGAUGCCAUACCAGUUUUCACCGCAAUUUACAUUUGUUGAUGAAGUCAAUGUUAUCACUGAUAUGAAACCAGCAACAGUUUUUAAUGAAAGAGACAGUGACUACUGCAUGUCCACCCUGCUUGGCUUGAACCAAUACAAGAAAUGUUCAGUUGAAUUAUGCUGGAAAACAAUGACUAAAAUCGGUCAGUUUGGAUAUUAUUCAACUCAUCAGAUAUUAUGGAUAAACCUUGGUCAAAAAAUCGGCUGUUUAGAUAAAAUGAAUAUUCUUGCAAGAGGAGAUGGUUAUCGUGAUGUUAAUGAAAUCACCAAAAUACUCUGUGCUGGUGUGGUAAUUGAAAUGAAUGCAGAAUACCAAAGUGGAAUGACUUGCCUCUUAGAAAAAGACCUGUUUACCGAGCAAGGUGCUGUUUGUGGUGGUAUUGGUUUUGUUGAUGCCCUUCAUCCAAUGCACCUUCUAUCUGUACUUGAUUGGCAAGACCCAGUAAAUGGUUGCUAUAAAGUGGAUGUCAAAUGUGAACCCAAAUCUGAGCCAAAAAUGUUUAGUUUCUUAAAAGAUCAAAAGCAUGUUUGGAAUUCAAGAAAACUUUUGGAAGAUUCUUUAAUAGAAAGUAAGAAUGUAAUAACUAACUUAAUUAAUUCAUAUCAGCUUUUUACCAGGGUUUUUAUUUCAUUAGAAAAAUGUAUUACUUAAUCUGAUUUAUGACCUUGUACACAGAUAAAUGCAGGUGCAGACUUUUACUGGUGGUUGCAAGAGGAUAUCUUGUCUUCUAGAUCUGCGGGUAUUUUAUGAUCCUUACUAUAUUAAGAAUAGGUUGGCAAUAUACAGUAGUUCGCAAAUAAUAAAAAUUCCACAAAACCCAAUACCAGUCGAUACGCAAACGAUUACAAACAUAACAUUAUUCUAUGGACUGCUUUCUGCCUUUAUAAUUUUGAGUUUAAUUAUUAUUGUAAUAAACAGAAGAACAAUUUUUAAAAGAAAAAGUACUGUCAUAUAAAAAAGGAGAUAUUGUUUUAAGAGCUUAAUGUAGGUUCCAUAAAAUAAUUUUAUCGUAAGAUAGUUAGAAUCUAUUCCUUGCACUGGGACUUCAAAUAUGUGCAUAACAUUUUAACAAGUUUUAUCACCAGCUAUUAAUUUUUUGUAAGUUUUGAAUGAAUGAACGUAACAUAUUUUAUCCUUGCGUGGCUUAAAACAACAGUCGUUAUAACACGGAUGUUCAUACACCCCACCCCAGCUUAGCUUACGAGUUACCAAUUAUGUUACUUUAUGGGUGAUUAUUGUUUUGUACAUGCCAUAUUGAGAUUGAGAUUGCUUUUUACUUUGCAAUAAACAUACUUUGUCUUUUCA